CUGAAAAACCCUAGUGUGUGACAAAAAACCCUUAUAAAUGCUCUUCAAAACCCUCUCUAUGUCCGCCUCUUUCACUCUUACACUUCUCUCUUCAGUCCCUUCUUAAAAGCUUAGCCUUGUUUCUCUUUCCAUCUUUCUUGCUCCAUGGAAUUCUGGGGUGUUGAAGUCAAGGCGGGGGAGCCUCUCAAAGUAACACCUGAUCUUGACAGAAUCAUACAUCUCUCUCAGGCGGCUCUAGGCGAGUCAAAGAAAGAAAAAGGAAAUGAAUCAGUGCCUCUUUUUCUAAAGAUUGAUGAUAAGAAGAUUGUACUGGGGAGUCUUUCUCCUGAAAACAUCCCUCAGUUGUCUUUUGAUUUGGUUUUUGAAAGAGAGGUUGAGCUAUCUCACAACUGGAAAAGUGGGAGUGUUUACUUCUGUGGUUAUCAAACUCCUUUGCCAGAAGAAGAAGAGAUUUUUGCAGAUGAGGAUUCAGAAGAUGAAGGGCCCUUUCCAUUGAUGAAUGCAGACAAUGGAAGUGUUCAGCCACUGAUUGAGAAUGCUAAACCUGCCAAAGGAAAGCCUGUUGUUGCCAAGCCUGAUUCUUCUGCAAAACAAAAGGCUAAACCCGUAGAGCCAAGCAAAGAAAGCAAAACUGAGGAUGAAUCUGAAGAUGAUGAAUCUGAUGAGGAUGAUGAGGAAGAUUCUUCUGAUGAAGAGGGUGAUUCUGAUGAGGAAAUGUCUGAAGAUUCAGAGGACGAAGGUGAGUCUGAGAGUGAAGAUAAGGAGACUCCAAAGAAGGCUGAGAAAGGCAAGAAGAGGCCCAAUGACUCUGCAACAAAGACUCCUGUGGCCUCAAAGAAGAUAAAAUCAGUUACUCCUCAGAAGACGGAUGGUAAGAAGGGUGGGCAUACUGCAACUCCCCAUCCAGCCAAGGGUAAAGCUGCUGCAAAUGGCAGCAAUGCCAAGGCACAGACCCCAAAAUCCGGUGGCCAGUUUGCUUGCAAAUCCUGUGAAAGGUCAUUUGGCUCAGAUGCUGCUCUGCAGUCUCACUCAAAGGCCAAACAUGGUGGCAAGUAGAUGGAGUUAAAUUUUUGAUGAGAGAUCUCGUGAGAGAAAGAUUUUGUUAGGCAUGUCAUAGGAAAUGAGAGUUUUAUGAUAGUAGACUUGUUAUGCAAUUGCUGUUAACGAUCUACAAUUGGGUGGAUGCAUGCAUUUUGAAGUCCAGUUUUUCAUUUACUGUUUUAGUAUGAUAAUUGAUACGCUGUGAUGUUAUGUGUACUUCUAAUAUUCAGAUUAAUGUAUGUUUGCACUAAUUCAGAUGCAUUAUUCAA